GGGGCUCCAUUCUCUCCAGCAGCAGCAGCAGCCAUAGCCAUGCAGUGCAGCCGGCCUUGAGCGGGCUCCAGGCCCCCCCAUGCAGGACCCCUGGGCUGGUGGCCUCCCCCCCGCCUGCCCUUGCAGCAGAGCCAGAAUGAACUGCUGAAUUGGGAAUUAUCUGAGACCCAGUAAGACAGCACUGCUGCCCUGCUCUCUGCUUUAUCUAUUUACAAGUUAUUUAAAUUGGACUUUUAAUAUCCUGCCAGCUGCUCUUCAGACACACAUGGUGCAUUGUUGGCAUUCUCAGAAUUGCAUCUUUGAAACCCAGGCCCUCAGUAACCUUCAUCGAACAAAGAGGCAACCUACAGGAUUCAUUUGUAGAGGGAUUUUUCAAACCUGCUGCCCUCUAGCUUCAUUCUCGCUGGUGGUGUAUUUGUAAGAGACCAUGGAGCCCACUAUGGAGUACUGCUUAGCACAGGUGCUGCAGAAGGACGUUGGCAAGAGACUUCAGGUUGGCCAAGAGUUGAUAGAUUAUUUCUCGGAUAAACAGAAGUCUGCUGAUCUUGAACACGAUCAGACUAUGCUGGAUAAAAUGGUCGAUGGACUUGCCACCUCUUGGGUGAAUUCCAGCAAUUAUAAGGUGGUUCUGCUCGGGAUGGACAUCCUGUCGGCGCUGGUGUCACGACUGCAGGAUCGCUUUCGAGCCCAGAUCGGCACAGUGCUGCCCAGUUUGCUUGACAGGCUAGGAGACUCGAAAGACUCGGUGCGGGAGCAGGAUCAAGCAUUGCUGCUAAAAAUCAUGGAACAAGCUGCUAACCCUCAGUACGUGUGGGACAGAUUGCUCGGAGGAUUCAAACACAAGAAUUUCCGGACGAGAGAAGGGAUUUGCCUCUGCCUUAUUGCCACGCUCAACGCAUCCGGAGCUCAGAGUCUAACUCUGAGUAAGAUCGUGCCGCAUAUAUGUAACUUGCUUGGAGAUCCAAACAGCCAGGUUCGAGAUGCAGCAAUAAACAGCCUUGUGGAAAUUUACAGACACGUAGGCGAACGUGUCAGGGCAGAUCUCAGUAAAAAAGGAUUACCACAGUCUCGGUUGAACGUCAUCUUUACAAAAUUUGAUGAAGUCCAGAAAUCCGGAAACAUGAUCCAGGGGUCGGGCGAUAAAAAUUUUGAUGAUGAAGACUCUGUGGAUGGGAACCGACCUUCCUCGGCCAGCUCCUCUACAUCUUCAAAGGCCCCUUCAAACUCCCGCAGGGUUGGGAUGGGGACUGCCCGCAGGCUUGGGUCUGCAGCUCUGGGCCCAAAGUCCACAGCAGCCAAAGAGGGAGCUGGUGCGGUCGAUGAGGAGGAUUUUAUUAAAGCAUUUGAUGACGUCCCAAUGGUGCAGAUUUAUUCCAGCCGAGACCUUGAAGAAUCCAUAAACAAAAUUAGAGAGAUAUUAUCUGAUGAUAAGCAUGACUGGGAACAGAGAGUGGCUGCUUUGAAAAAGAUCCGAUCCUUACUAUUAGCUGGAGCUGCUGAAUAUGACAACUUCUUCCAACACCUGCGCCUGCUGGAUGGAGCAUUUAAAUUGUCCGCUAAAGAUCUGCGCUCUCAGGUAGUGCGAGAGGCUUGUAUCACGUUGGGACAUUUGUCAUCAAUUUUGGGAAACAAGUUUGACCACGGGGCAGAAGCCAUUAUGCCAACCAUCUUUAAUCUAAUUCCCAACAGUGCCAAAGUAAUGGCCACUUCUGGUGUUGUAGCUGUUAGAUUAAUCAUCAGACACACACACAUCCCUCGGCUAAUACCCAUCAUCACCAGCAACUGUACCUCUAAGUCCGUAGCAGUUAGAAGGCGUUGCUUUGAAUUUUUAGACUUGCUGUUACAAGAAUGGCAAACGCACUCCCUAGAAAGACACAUAUCUGUGUUAGCUGAAACGAUAAAGAAGGGAAUCCAUGACGCUGACUCCGAAGCAAGGAUAGAGGCAAGGAAGUGUUACUGGGGCUUCCACAGUCACUUCAGCAGAGAAGCAGAACAUUUGUUUCAUACAUUGGAAUCCUCCUAUCAGAAAGCCCUGCAGUCUCACCUGAAGAACUCGGACAGCAUCGUGUCAUUGCCUCAGUCUGACCGCUCCUCUUCCAGUUCCCAAGAGAGUCUCAACCGCCCUUUGUCUGCCAAAAGAAGUCCUACUGGGAGCACUACAUCUAGAGCCUCUACAGUAAGCACAAAAUCCGUGUCAACGCCAGGAUCUCUGCAGCGAUCUCGCAGUGACAUUGAUGUGAACGCGGCAGCCAGUGCCAAGUCCAAAGCAACGUCUUCUGGAGCCUCCACCCCCUUCAGCUCUGCUGCAGCCUUGCCACCUGGCUCGUAUGCAUCACUAGAUGGUACUACCACUAAACCCGAGGGUCGGAUUCGCACGAGGAGGCAAAGCUCCGGAAGUGCCACGAGCGUCACCUCAACGCCUGCCGACACCCGAGGCCGCAGCCGAGCUAAAGUGGUUUCUCAGUCCCAGCGAUCCAGAUCAGCUAAUCCUGCUGGUGCUGGCAGCCGCUCCAGUUCUCCUGGCAAGCUCUUGGGAAGCACCUACGGUGGAUUGACCAGUGGAGCAUCCAGAGUCCCACCAGUGCCAUCGUCCGCAGAAAAGCGCAGCAAGAUCCCUCGAAGCCAAGGAUGCAGCCGAGAGACGAGCCCCAACAGAAUAGGACUAGCACGGAGCAGCCGUAUCCCCCGACCCAGCAUGAGUCAGGGGUGCAGCCGCGAUACCAGCCGUGAGAGCAGUCGAGAUACAAGCCCUGCUCGGGGCUUCCCUCCGCUUGCUUCUCGACGUCAUUCCAGAUCCACUAGCGCGCUCUCCACUGCUGAGUCUGUUGGGCAGUCAGACCGGUUUGGCCUUGGACAGCCAGGCAGGCUGCCUGCCUCCGUGAAUGCCAUGCGAGUCCUGAGCACGAGCACGGAUCUGGAGGCUGCCGUGGCGGAUGCACUGCUGUUAGGAGACUCCAGGAGCAAGAAAAAGCCAGUGAGAAGAAGAUACGAGCCGUACGGGAUGUAUUCCGAUGAUGAUGCUAACAGCGACGCAUCCAGCGCUUGCUCCGAGCGCUCCUACGGCUCCAGAAAUGGAGGCAUUCCCCACUACCUGCGGCAAACGGAGGAUGUGGCUGAGGUCCUGAACCACUGUGCUAGUUCCAACUGGUCGGAGAGAAAGGAGGGUCUCAUCGGUCUCCAGAACUUAUUGAAGAGCCAGAGGACGCUGAGCCGAGUCGAGUUAAAAAGGCUGUGUGAGAUCUUUACUCGCAUGUUUGCGGAUCCUCAUAGCAAGAGAGUUUUCAGCAUGUUUCUAGAAACCCUGGUUGACUUCAUCAUCAUCCAUAAGGAUGACCUGCAAGACUGGCUCUUUGUUCUCCUGACGCAGCUGCUCAAGAAGAUGGGGGCAGAUUUGCUGGGAUCUGUGCAGGCAAAGGUGCAGAAAGCUCUGGAUGUGACGAGGGAUUCUUUUCCUUUUGAUCAGCAGUUUAACAUUCUGAUGCGAUUUAUUGUAGAUCAGACCCAAACACCAAACCUCAAGGUAAAAGUUGCAAUCCUGAAGUAUAUUGAGUCCUUGGCCAGACAGAUGGACCCAACAGACUUUGUGAACUCCAGUGAGACCAGACUUGCUGUAUCGCGAAUUAUAACUUGGACAACAGAACCAAAGAGCUCAGAUGUGAGAAAGGCAGCACAAAUAGUCCUGAUCUCCCUCUUUGAACUGAACACUCCUGAGUUUACCAUGUUACUUGGUGCCUUGCCGAAAACAUUCCAGGACGGUGCUACCAAGCUCCUGCACAACCACCUCAAGAACUCCAGCAACACCAACGUGGGCUCUCCCAGCAAUACUAUCGGUCGGACCCCUUCUCGCCACUCCAGCAGCAGAACCAGCCCCUUGACCUCCCCUACUAACUGCUCCCACGGAGGACUGUCUCCAAGUCGGCUCUGGGGUUGGAGUGCAGACGGGCUGUCGAAGCACCCCCCUCCCCUUUCUCAGCCUAACUCCAUCCCCACUGCUCCUUCCCACAAGACUUUCAGACGCUCUUACUCUCCCAGCUUGCUGGAUUAUGACACGGAGAACCUAAAUUCCGAUGAAAUCUACAGCUCACUUCGUGGAGUCACGGAGGCUAUUGAGAAGUUUAGUUUCCGUAGUCAAGAGGAUCUGAAUGAACCAAUCAAACGUGAUGGAAAGAAAGACUGUGACAUUGUGUCUCGAGAUGGCGGAAUAGCUGCUCCCGCCAGCGACGUACGUGGGAGCAGCGACGUUGUGGAAGGGGGAAGGAUGGCUCUCGAUAACAAAACCUCUCUACUUAAUACCCAGCCUCCACGCGCCUUUUCAGGGCCCCGAGCUCGAGAGUACAAUCCCUACCCUUACUCAGACACGAUCAACACCUAUGACAAGACCGCUCUGAAGGAGGCCGUGUUCGAUGAUGAUAUGGAUCAGCUUCGGGAUGAAGUACCCAUUGACCAUUCUGAUUUGGUGGCUGAUCUUCUGAAAGAACUGUCGAAUCACAACGAGCGAGUGGAAGAACGGAAAGGAGCCCUGCUCGAAUUACUAAAGAUCACCCGAGAAGAUAACCUGGGCGUGUGGGAGGAACAUUUCAAAACCAUUUUGCUGUUGCUGCUAGAAACCCUGGGCGACAAAGAUCAUUCGAUAAGAGCCCUGGCCUUAAGAGUAUUGCGGGAGAUAUUAAGGAAUCAGCCAGCAAGGUUUAAAAACUACGCCGAACUGACCAUCAUGAAAACACUGGAGGCACAUAAGGAUUCCCACAAAGAGGUUGUUCGAGCUGCAGAGGAAGCCGCCUCCACCCUGGCCAGUUCCAUCCACCCGGAGCAGUGCAUCAAAGUGCUGUGUCCCAUCAUUCAAACUGCCGACUACCCGAUUAAUUUAGCUGCCAUCAAAAUGCAGACGAAAGUCAUUGAGAGGAUCUCGAAGGAGUCCUUACAUCAGCUCCUUCCUGAUAUCAUUCCGGGAUUGUUACAGGGUUACGAUAACACAGAGAGCAGCGUUCGUAAAGCAAGCGUGUUCUGCCUAGUGGCGAUUUACUCGGUAAUCGGAGAAGAGCUGAAACCCCACCUUGCCCAGCUCACAGGAAGCAAGAUGAAGCUACUAAACUUGUACAUAAAGAGGGCCCAGACCACCAAUAGCAACAGCAGCUCAUCGUCAGAUGUUUCAACGCACAGUUAAUGGAGAUAUCUGGACAUAUGUGUAGACUUAGAAGCAAUCAGCGGUGCCUCACAGAGACCUUUCUGCUCCCCUCACUUCAUUGGCACACUCCAUCGGCUGACGGGGGCCGUGCAGAUAUUUAUUGCAAUCAGUAUUUUAGUCCUUUAAAGCUUUUAUGUAGAAUCUUAUUCGUAUUGAAUGUAAAGGAAGCAAGGCCUGUGUUGCAGUCUUCAUCUAAAGAAACGAAACAACCGAAAGCCAUACUUAAACAUACUUGUACAGCCUGCUGGAACCUUUGAGAUAUGUUUAAGUGAAGUGUUUCCAAACAGAGUCCAACAUAAUGUGUAGGUGCUGAAAAGUUGAACGAAUCCUUGUUUGCUCUGUUUUAGUUUGAUACCAAGUUUGGGGUUUUAAUGUGCUCCUUUCCUGCUGUGGGAACGACCCUUUCCUUCUGGACGUAACCGUUUGGGACGGCUGUGCCACCUCCCGCACGUUCUGCGAUGGGUUCCCGUUUUUAUACUCCCUUCCUUGAAACGCAAGAGCUGGACCAUGCAGUCUUUACAGAUAUCACUGUGGUUCCAGCCGUCAGUGCUUUAAUAGCGAGAGAUCCCUCAUGAGUAGCAAUUGGGGG